UUAGCGAAUGCAGGGCGGAAGAAAGCCUGUCUGGUGUUUGAACAAGAAGCAAUAACUGUUAUACUCGGUGCAUCUAUAAAUUAGUUCAUCAUGGCGAAUGUCACCGCGGUGGAUUCGAUCGUUUUUAAAGAUCUGAAAAACAACCUGGAUCAAUUUUUUCUCAUAAUAAUGGGGAUGAUUGUUUUUCUGAUGCAAUGUGGCUUUGGCUUUUUGGAAGCCGGGGCCGUCAGAAGUAAAAAUACAACAAACAUCCUGCUAAAGAACUUCUGUGACUCAUUUGUUGCUGGAAUCUCGUACUGGUUAGUAGGUUACCCGUUUGCGUUCGGUGAAGGCAACUCUUUCUUGGGAUAUACGAAUUUCGCCUCGUAUGGUUUUCCCGAGGAGAGAUUCGCGUUCUUCUUCUUCCAGUUCGUGUUCGCAGCCACCGCCGCCACCAUCGUGUCCGGGGCCAUGGCGGAGCGGUGUGAAAUCAUCGCCUACUUCACCUACAGCAUCGUCCUCACAGCUGAGCUACGACUUGCUACGUUCAAGUUACGCGCCGCUGACGUGGCAGUCUGUCACCGGCAUUACCGCGUCGAGCGCCAGACUGGGAAUGUGUACCAUCUGGAAUUCGUAUCUGGAAUAAUCUCGGAACUGACACUACAAAUCGUUGAAUCGUUGUCUGCUUUUAAAAAAGAAAUCCGUCCGAUAUUAAAUUUACCAGGCUUCAUGUACCCUAUCGUCACCCACUGGGCGUGGCACGAGGAUGGGUGGCUGACUGUGGGCAAGGAAUACGAACAGACGGACGGGAACGUCACCACCUAUUUCACAGCACACUACUCGGAUUUCGCAGGAAGUGGCGUUGUGCACAUUUUGGGCGGUGUAGCAGCAUUUGUUGGCGCCCUGCUUCUUGGACCGAGGCAGGGCCGAUUUCACAAACCGUCGUCUACAAUAAUCGACAUACGAGGACACUCAGUGCCGCUUGCCGCGCUGGGUGGCUUCAUCCUGCUGUUCGGGUUCCUGGCGUUCAAUGGCGGGUCCCAGCUGAAUAUAUCUGAGAGCGGCAGUGGCCAGGUGGUGGCGCUGGCGGUGGUGAACACCUUCUUGUCCGGCUCCUGCUCCGCAUUCGUGACGCUCUUCUCCGCCAGAAUCACGGGCCGCCACUGGAGUCUUCUCUUUACCAUCAACGGAGCGCUCGCGGGGAUGGUUGCCGCGUGCGCCGGGUGUAACGUCAUCUACCCGUGGGGUGCCUGUAUAGUGGGUGUGUUCGCCUCGAUCUCCUACCAGUUCUGGGCCUGGCUCAUGGUCAAGAUGUGGAUUGAUGACCCACUGGAUGCUGUUGCUGUACAUUUUGGAGGUGGAUUCUGGGGAGUUAUAUCCGUAGCAUUUCUGCAUAGGGACACAGGCAUUAUUUUUGCAUGGGAUAAACGGUCAGGUCUGAAUCUGGCCUGGCAGUUCGUGGGUGCUGUAUCCAUUGCCACUUGGACUGCGGUGAUGUCGCUGACGAUGUUCGGUGUGCUCAAGCUAAUUGGAAGACUCCGAGUUCCACGAGAAAUAGAAGAGAAAGGUCUUGACAUUCCAAAACACGGUGAACCAUCUUACCCAUGGGAGUCGUACGGACACGGGUGGACAGAGAAAUCCUUCCAGUUGUCAAAGACAGGGGAGCUACACGAGCUGAAACACGUGGGGUCGAACCCGUCAUUCCAACAGGACGACGAAGAGUCAGUAACUAACGAGAACCACAUCCUGUCGUAGAGGGGCCUGAUGCUGGUCACGUGACGGUGUCAAAGUUCAAGUAUAUUGGCAAGAUGAUGCCAAAACCAACCAACGAGCAGAAAUCUCCUGCACUGUCAAC